AAAAAAUGUUAUCGUUCUGACGGGUGCCUUGACGAGGACGGAAGUAUUUUUCAUUACAGGGAAACAAAUUUGCUAAACGCUGCGCUUUACCUAUCAGGUGAAAUUAACAACAGGUGGAAAGAUGUCAGAGCCUAGCAAGCAAGAUAUUGCUGCCAUUUUCAAACGACUACGUUCCCUUUCUACGAAUAAGGUGUGCUUUGACUGUUCGGCUAAGAAUCCUAGUUGGGCCAGUAUCACCUAUGGAGUGUUUCUCUGUAUAGACUGCUCAGGAACACACAGGUCAUUAGGAGUGCACCUGUCAUUCAUCAGGUCUACUGAGCUGGACUCUAACUGGUCCUGGUACCAGCUGCGAUGCAUGCAGGUGGGCGGCAAUGCCAGUGCGAAUGCCUUCUUUGCCCAGCAAGGCUGCACGUCCAAUGCUGCCAACACCAAGUACAACAGCCGAGCCGCUGUGCUCUACCGCGAGAAGAUCAAGACCUCGGCCACGCAGGCCACAAGGCGCUUCGGCACUGAGUUGUGGCUGGACAGCCAGGCCCCCCUCUCUCCAACAUCUCCCGUCAAUAAGGAGGAGGAUUUCUUCAGUAUGCACGUGCAGGCAUUCCCUGAUGAUCGUAGCUCCGCCCAGCCUAAUAUAACAAGCUCCGCCCAGAUGAAUCUAAGCCCCACCCCAGUAGAGGAACACUCUACAAAAGAAACCGAGAGAGAGAAAAACGGUAAUACAGAGGGUCCCAGUGUUGACGUGCUAAGUAUGUCUCCUAAAGAAGCCUUAGAGUCCUCUCUUCUCAAGAAGAAAACAGCUGGGGCCAAGAAAACAUUGGGCGCUAAGAAGGGUGGUCUUGGGGGUAAGAAGGUGAGCAAACAGAGUUUCUGUGACCUGGAGAAGAAAGCACAGGCGGUAGACAAACUCAAUGAGAGAGAUACAGCACCCACCACCACCAAGAACAGCCCCCAACCAGCAGAGGAAUCCAUUGGUGCCUCCAUGAGACUGGCCUAUAAGGAUCUGGAGGCGCAGCAGAGAAGUAAUACAGAGAAGAUGAAGGGGAUGGGGGAGAAGAAGAAGGAGCAGGCUGAGAGACUGGGCAUGGGCUUUGGCAGCAGGAGUGGAGUGUCUCACUCUGUGCUGUCAGACAUGCACACUAUCCAGCAGGAGAGCCCAGUGGGGUCCAAGCAGCCCACUAAGAGCCGGAGGUACACAGAGAAGGAGGAAGAGGAGACUGACGAAGGCUCCUUUACAUCCAGGAUGUCGAUGACCAGUUCAAUGACCAAGUUUGAUGAACCGACAGAAUCCUCUGACAAGUUCUUCUCCAAUUGGAGCGAGACGGGGGAGUCUGGCUGGAGGAAAGAGAGCAGGAAGCCAGAGCCAGACUUCUACCUGAGCACCAAGAGUUCCUCACAGGACGACAGGACUGCAGCCCGGCGGAAAGCAGACCCAGUCCCUGUCUCAGACUCAGGCGACGCCCGCAAGAAGUUUGGGGAUGUCAAGGCCAUCUCCUCUGACAUGUACUUUGGCAAGCAGGAUGACUCUGAGUAUGAGGCGAAGACUCGCCUGGAGAGGUUCUCUGGAAGCAACUCCAUCAGCUCAGCUGACCUGUUUGAUGACCCAAAGAAACAGAUGGCCAGCUCAUAUCGUCUGACCAACAUGCUGCCCAGUGCUCCAGAUAUGUCCCAGCUGAAGCUGGGGGUCCGCUCUGCGGCCGGGAGGCUGUCCGUCAUGGCCAGCGGAGUAGUCACGUCCCUUCAGGACCACUACAGUGCGUGAGUCCAGUGUGUGUGCCUGUGUUAUGACACACACAACCUGUUAGGUCCCCUGGGUAUUGGAGUCGGUAAACAUCCUUACGAGCGAAGUUCAGCCGUGCAGGAGAGGGAGAGAGAUGGACGGAGAGAGCGAAUUAGCGACAUUGUGUAGGCCAGAACAUAGGCUGUAGCUAUAUAUGUGUGUCUGUAUAUAGCAGCUAUGUGAAUAAAGGACGUAUUAUCUA